CUUAAAUUUGGUGGAUGAACCGGUCAAGAUCUGGUCUUUUCUUAGUCAUUAGGGUCUUCAUUUUUCAUAUUAGACAAACUUUGUGGCUGCUUUCGGAUUCAGAUACGGCGAAUCGGUCUCCUUUAAAGGAAUUUGGAGAGUUAUAAAGAGAUUUUCUACCUAAAGUGUCUGAAAAAAAUGAAGCUUUUUGGGAUUUUCAUGUUCAGUAGUAUACUAUCAUUUCUGUUGAUUUCACCAGCAUAUGUUAAAGCUGCUAGUCCACCAGCACCAAUCCUACCACCAUCUCCAGCUCCAGCACCAGCACCCAUAUCACCUUAUGUAAAUCUCACUGAUUUACUUUCUGUUGCUGGCCCAUUCAGCACUUUCCUUGGCUACCUCGAAUCGACCAAAGUCAUCGACACCUUCCAAAACCAAGCCAACAACACGGAUGAAGGCAUUACGAUCUUCGUACCAAAAGACCGUGCCUUUUCGUCUCUUAAGAAGCCGUCUUUAUCAAACCUGACUCAAGAUCAGCUCAAGCAACUCGUGCUUUUUCACGCCUUGCCGCAUUAUUAUUCUCUUGCUGAAUUCAAGAAUCUCAGUCAAUUAAGCCCUGUUAGUACCUUUGCCGGUGCGGGCGAAUACGCUUUGAAUUUUACCGAUAUGUCCGGCACGGUCCUCCUCGACUCAGGAUGGACUCGGACUAAAGUUAGCAGUAGUGUGCAUUCAACUGACCCUGUCGCAAUUUAUCAAGUCGAUAAAGUUCUUUUACCGGAGGCGAUUUUCGGUACUGAUAUUCCUCCAAUGCCUGCACCAGCGCCAGCUCCUGUAAAUAGCCCCGACGCAGAUUCUCCGUCGGCUGACGUGGCUGCAGAUAAAGGGCAUUCUCCAGGAGCUUCACCUCGAAAUUCUUCUUACAGAAUCAACAAUAUGGGUAUGUGGAGUCAAUUGGUUCUUGCAGUUUCAGGUGUUCUGUUCUUGUUCUUGUAAGAGAUAAGUUCCAUUGGCAUGAGUCUCUAAUUUAUGUUAAGAGGGUAUAUCUGGAUUUUUCGAUUUGUCUGCAUUGAUUUUUUUAAACCAUUUUUUGAUUAUAAAUGUUAUUGAAUUUUAUGUAAGUGAAUGAAUGUUACUGUUAUGAUA